AAAAUAUAAAUACAAAUACCGAAGCAGUAACCACAGUAAGAAGCCAAGUCAUCUUUAUUUUAUUUUAUCCGUAGCCAACCACGACCUUCAAGAGUUUUGAUCAGAAAAGCUCUCUCCUUCACUCUUCUUUUCGCUUCGUCGUCAGAAGGAGUUAUGGCAAAGAGUUACUUCAAGCAAGAACAUGAUCUUGGGAAGCGACGUGCAGAGGCUGCUAGGAUUAGAGAGAAGUACCCUGAUAGGAUUCCGGUGAUUGUGGAGAAGGCGGAGAGAAGUGAUAUACCCAAUAUAGAUAAGAAGAAAUACCUUGUUCCAGCUGAUCUGACUGUCGGACAAUUUGUCUAUGUCAUACGCAAAAGGAUCAAACUAAGUGCAGAAAAGGCAAUAUUUAUAUUCGUGGAUAAUGUGCUUCCACCUACAGGUGCAAUUAUGUCUGCCAUAUACGAAGAGAAAAAGGACGAGGAUGGAUUUCUCUAUGUCACUUACAGUGGGGAGAAUACUUUUGGGUGCUGCCUGUGACGUUCUGGCAUUACGUGGUUUCUCAGUGUAACCGCAUUUAAUUUCAUCGUAAUUGUCUUUUUCGCAUCCUCCUGACUAUUAUUUCUUCAUCGUGCAUAUUUUUAUAUAUUAUAAGACCUUGCAAGUGAUAUUAUGUACAGUUAUAAAAUCCGUAUAUAAGCCCUAGUACCUUGAUAA